AUGAUGAUAUCGGACCCUGAAGUGCAAAUGGCCAAGUCGUCCAACCGCACUCACCGAUUUUUCACGAAGACCGUCCAUUCACUCAGCGCAAAUCGUAGAGCCCCACCUCGAAUCCCUCUUCCUCACUCGAUCAUAAUCAAAGUUACACCACCUACACCACCUUCCUCUCCCACACCAUCACGACGAUCAAGUAUGCAUUGGGACAAGAUUGAGCUUUCCAAUUACCCACCACAACUCACUUAUCAAGACGUGCUCACGCUCUUCCAAGAUUUCACCAUCUCGCCUGACUUUGUUCUUCCCAACGUCAAAAACCUUGCCUACCCGUUACGCACAUUCAUCAGGAUCGCUGGAGAACAAGAAGCAGAACGCGCGGUACAAGAGCUGUGUUGGAGCAAAGUCGGCGGGCGUCAGAUCAACGUGAGAAUGGUUGAAGAGACAGGUCACCAAGAGAUGGAAGUUGCUGUCGCGGAUGUGGCUGAUGAGAUGAAGAUCGGUAUCGUCAACACUGCGCGUGUAUAUAACCCACAACUGACUACGAAAAUCCUCGAGGUUCGUGAAUGCAUGCAGGGUACAGCCAACUUUGCUUUCCUACAGGCACGCGAUCCGGUCACGGUAUCCAGCAAGCCAGAGGCACAUAUGCUAUCAACGGAUGACAAGGCGCAGUGGGAGCUGAUUAUGGCUGGUCGCUCGGAAGGUUGGAAUUGGAAGAUGAAAGAUGGCAGCGGUAGACUUGCUGCGUUGAAAGACCUACAAGACACAUUGCAGAGGCAGGGUAUCAUGAAGAAGUUGUGGGGCCAAUGGGAGGGUAGCAGUGUACUUGACAUACAUUGA